AGCUUUUGUGUGCUACAAAAAUGGCAGUGGCUUUAUUGUGUGGUUAAGCAUUCUGCAUUUUUUGUGUUUGGUUAAUUCAUUUUAUUUGUAGAUUAAAAUAGAUAAAAUUAUAUUUCAGAUUGUCUAAUUUAAUUUUAGUAUUUAAAAUCCUUAAACUGUUUUCAUGUGAAUUAUUCAGAAGUUUUAUUUUGGAAUGGUGUUUGUUGUAGCAGAAAGCAAGCUGAAACUUGCUUGAACAUCUUUUGAUGAUGUAUUAAUAAACAAAUUACGGAUUAAAGGCUCUUCACGUCAAUAUUUGAAUUCCACUCGUCUGAAAAAUGGAGCGACGGAUCAAAUUAAAAACUCUAAACGUGCACAUCACUUGUAAAAUAUGUCGAGGAUAUUUGAUCGAUGCCACAACCGUUACUGAGUGCCUCCAUACAUUUUGUAAAAGCUGUCUGGUGAAACACUUAGAAGAGAACAACACAUGUCCUACCUGUAAUAUAGUCAUACAUCAGUCUCAUCCACUGCAGUACAUAAGCUUCGAUAGAACAAUGCAAGACAUAGUCUACAAAUUAGUACCGAAUUUACAAGAAAAUGAGAUGAAGCGAGAAAGAGAAUUCUAUCGGAUAAGAGGACUGCCUUGUCCCAAAGAUAUUCUGCCGAAUGCGGGCAUGGAAGAGGAGAAACCGACUCCCGAGCAGGUGGCAGAACUCGACUUACAUCGCAUGGACGAACAAGUGAAUGUUAUAUUGGAGUGCACUGCUGAAAACUUGAAAUCAAUGAAGAGGAGAUAUUUGAGGCUGUCUUCUCAGGCAACGAUCACGCACUUGAAAAAAUUCAUUGCCAAGAAAAUUUUGGAUGGCACUGAAAAAUAUAGAGAUAUUGACAUCUUGUGCAGUGAUGAGCUGUUGGGGAAGGAUCACACGCUGAAGUUUGUGUAUGUGACAAGAUGGAGGUUCAAGGAGCCUCCCCUCCUACUCGAGUACAGGCAAAAACUAGACUUGUGACCGAUUCAAUACUCUAGUAUUAAUGCUAUACUCCUUCUGUGAUGAUUAUAAUGUAAUAUGUUUUCAAUGCACUUUUUCAUUUUGACUGAUAGCCAUAAACCUUUUUUACGCAUAUGAAAAUCCUGUUCAUUCAAGCAAUGAGUAACUGAAUCUUUUUCAUGUAUAUGAGCUUUGUAUUCAUUGAAGUAAUGGACCUUUUUUGUUAAGAAAGUAUGGAAUGAGAGUUGAUUUUUGGAACUCUUUUAUUAGUCAGAAUAAGAAAGAGCAUGAGAAUCUUUAUAUUUAGAUAAAAAUAACUUUAAGAUGAAUGUUUCAUAGUGAUACCGAUUAUUUUGUUAUGUUUGUUAUUGUUUAUACCAAUUUUGCCAUUUCAAGUUUAACUAUUUAGUUUUGUAGCGUUCUGCUAUAACCUACUGUCUAUUUAUAUUUAUGUAUCUACAUCCCUUAUUUUAUUUUAUCCUUAUUCAAUCUUCCAUUCAUACCUUUACCAAUCAGAGGAGGCUUAUGCUUUACUGUAAUUUGCCUGAAUUAAUGGACUUUUGUUUUAUCUCAAAUACUGUACCAACUUGAGUAAGUUCAAUGUAAUAAGGUAGCGUAUUCCUUAUUCUUGUUCAUUAAAAUUAUGUUCUGUCUUUCCUGUGUACCAACUGGAAUAGAUCGCUUAAACUAUCUCUUUGUGUCAUAUAUGGAUUGAUUAUCGAUUUUCUACUUGAAUACUACUAGAAAGUGGUAUUUUCUAGAGAAACUUCAAGUUGAGUACCAGUCAAGACAAGUUGCCAAAUCAGCAAACAAUGAAUUGAAAUGGGUUAUUCUUCUAUGUAAAAUUUAACAGUUGAAGGAAAGGUAUAAAAUGGUUGUAAUCCAAUAUAAUCUUCUUGCCUUUUCUCAUUAAUUGUGGGAUCGGCUCUUCCAACUCGAAGCUAGGAGAAAAUAAUGAGCUGGAAAUCAAUGACCGGGAACCAAGAGUUAUAAAUGCAUAAAGUGACCUAUCUGAAGUGACCAUUCCAUGAAUUUAUUCGACGUUAGCUUUAUCCAUGAUAAAUAAAUAAAUGCCUUAAAUAAGAGUUCAACUUCCAACUCAUAUUUUUCAAAAUUGGAAUCUUCAGUAUAUUCACACAUCUAUUUGAUUACUGGGGGUAAAAAAAAUAGUUGAUAAUAUAUCUGGUGUUGAACAUAAUCGGUCUGAUAUGGUUAAAAAUUAUCCAGUUAUAAAUUUAUUUUGCAAUAUAAUGAACCUUGGAAACAAUUCAUCAUUAUUAAAUUACAGUUUCCAAGAACUUGGCUUUCGUUAUAAAUGCCAAAUAUGAAUUCAAAAAUUUAUUAAUCUGUAGAAUUGGUUAGGAAAUAUUGAAUUUUCAAAAUAUAAGAAACAUUAUUAUUCAAGAAGCUAUACUGGAGCGUGAUUACAUUAAUAAAUUGGAAUCUUUAAUUCAUUAUUUACUUCCUUGCAAUACCUUUUUACUUCCCCAUCAAUUGAAAAUAGAAGUCAUUACUAAUAUUUAUAAGUCAUAUUCUGUCUGUCAAUAUGCUUGUCAUGUACUGUUAUAUUUUUAAACGUUAAAUGUAAGUUAUUGUGUUCCAAUAUUUAUCAACUUAUGAUUUUGAACUUUUCAUUUGGCAAAAUCAAUGAACUAUGUGAUUGUAGAUUCAUACUUAUGUUCUAGAAAUAUUCUUACCUCAUUAUUUUCAAAUAUACUUUAUUAUUUUGGUAUUAAAGUUUUCUACAGAACUAAAA